AUGUUCGGAAAUAAUAACUCAUCCGGCAACCAAGGCAGUGCUUUCGGCGGGAAUGCUAAUAACAACAAUACAUCACAGAAUAGCACAUUUGCUUUUGGAUCAAACAAUUCAAAUGCAAAUACAACUGCAACUGGAAACGCAUUUGGCCAAAGUGCUAAACCUAGUGGUGGGUUUACUUUUGGAGCUGGGUCCAACAAUCAACAACCACAAUCAUCAUCGAGUCCUUUUGGCGCACCAAAGAGUACAGGAUUCGGAUCGGACUCUGGAUCUGGGUCUGCUUUUGGAGCAAAUGCUGAUGCAAACAAGAGUCAUGCAACACCUGGUCAGAGCUCAAUCUUUGGCCAGCCUGGAUCAAAUACAACCACAUCUAAUAACAGCGGGUUCACAUUUGGUAAGAAGGAUGAAUCUCCAGCAGCAGCAGCAGCAGCAUCUACAGGGGGAGCUGGCUCUGUAACUUCUGGUGGAGGAUUAUUUGGUGCUAGCAAACCAGGACAACCAUCGACAUCCCAACAGGGUACAACUGGGUUUGGGUCUUUUGGAGCUCAAGGUCUGUCUGGACAAACAAGUACAUUUGGAGGUGCGUUUGGGCAAAAGAAGGAGGAUAAUCAGGAAAAGAAACCAGCCUUUGGUUUUGGCAGCUCUACAACAGGACUGAGUGCAUUUGGGUCCAAUCAAUCGGGAGCUGGUGCCAGUGGUGCCGGUACUGGAGGUGCAUUCUCAUUUGGUGAAAAGAAGGGAACACCACCCGCGUCAACCAAUUUCUUCGGUGCAAAGAAAGAUGAAUCAUCAUCAACCGCUAAUACUGGAACAGGUGGCUUCCAAUUUCCUAGUCUGCAACAGCCCAAAUCCAGUACUCCUUUUGGAAACGCUGGAAACACUGAACUGGCACAAAAGUCUCAGUCGCCAAUGUCAGUAGGAGGCACCUCUUCAAACAAUCCCAGUGGCGGAGCAUUUGGAUUUGGAGCCAAAAAAGACGAAACUUCUGAGAAACCAGCAAGUGGUGGUACAUUCCUGUUUGGUAAGAAAGAGGAUGAAAAAGACAAACCCGCACCAGGUUCAUUGUUUGGUUCUAGUGGCGACAGCGUCAAACCAGCAGCCGGUGGCUUUUCAUUUGGGGCCAAGAAAGCUGAUGAACCUGCCAAAAAGGAAGGAUCUCCUUUCUCACUAGGUGCUAAGAAGGAUGAAUCCGCACCUGCAUCUGGGUCUUUAUUUGGCGCUAAGUCAGAUGAUUCUGCAAACAAGCCGACUGGAGGGUUUUCCUUUGGUGCAAAGAAAGAUGAUGAGAAGGAUAAACCAGCUAGCGGCUUUAGCUUUGGUGCAAAGAAGGAUGACGACAAAGACAAACCAGCAGGAGGGUUCUCCUUUGGAGCUAAAAAGAAUGACGAGAAAGACAAGCCAGCUAGCGGCUUUAGCUUUGGUGCAAAGAAGGAUGACGACAAGGACAAACCAGCUAGCGGCUUUAGCUUUGGUGCAAAGAAGGAUGACGACAAGGACAAACCAGCUAGCGGCUUUAGCUUUGGUGCAAAGAAAGAUGAUGAGAAGGACAAACCAGCUAGCGGCUUUAGCUUUGGUGCAAAGAAGGAUGACGACAAAGACAAGCCAGCAGGAGGGUUCUCCUUUGGAGCUAAAAAGAAUGACGAGAAAGACAAGCCAGCUAGCGGCUUUAGCUUUGGUGCAAAGAAGGAUGACGACAAAGACAAGCCAGCAGGAGGGUUCUCCUUUGGUGCAAAGAAGGAUGACGACAAAGACAAGCCAGCAGGAGGGUUCUCCUUUGGUGCAAAGAAGGAUGAGAGUGGUGCUAAAAAGGAAGCGAGUACUGCUGAUGUGGCUCCCCCUUCUUCUUCGACGACCUCAUCUACUGUUGAUUCCUCAGCCCAACCUAAUUUGAAACCCACCAAGAUCCAACCCAUCCCAGUGUCAAUAGACAAUAAGAAUUUGGAUGAUUUGAUUUUAAAAUGGUCAAAACAAUUGGGAUCAACUACGAAAUUGUUUGAUACAUAUACAGACAAGGUCAAAUCAUGGGAUUUGAAACUAGUGGAAAGUGGGGAUGCAAUUACAAAGUUAAAUCAAGAAUCAAUUGAAGUACAAGCAUUGGAAUCCAAAAUCGAUCAACAAUUGUUAUUUGUUGAGAAUCAACAAGAUGAGUUGGAAAAAGUUUUGGACAAUUACGAACAGCAAACAGAUAUCUUGUUGAAUAACAUUCAACUUAAUAACAACUCAGGCCUUGCUAGUUCUGUUAAUGUUCCUGCAAUCACUGGGGGUACCAAUGCAAGCAACACGACUGCCAGCGGUGCAAGUGCAUCAAGAUCAGCCUUAACUACCCGCGAUGACACACAACAUCAAUCUCAACAACAACAACAACAGCAGCAGCAGCAGCCUCUUGUGCCCACGAGCGUCAGCUUAACCGAUAAAUUACGUGAGAAGGCCUAUUACAAUGCCGAACUUUUGGAUGAAAGAUUAGAUACAUUGGGCGACAACUUGAAUACAUUAAUAACAGAGGUCAAUUCAAUAAGCAAUAUUUUCAACAAGAGUUUGGCCAAGAACCUUAUUUCGGCCCAAGGCAAAAGUGAGGGACAAAGUAAAGCUGGUGAUAGGAAGGAUCAAGCCAAAGGUAAUCACAAUAAUGACAAUUCAAUCGAAGAAAUAAUCCAAUUGUUGAAUCUUCAUUUAGAAAAUUUGAAGUUUAUUGAAAAUGCCGAAGCCGUAUUGAAGAAAAAGCUAUCAAAAACUAAGUAA